AAUGAGAUGAGCUCCGAUGAGCUCCUCCAGUUAUUCUCCUGCACUCGAUUCGGACAGUUGAAUCCCAAGGAAUUCCUUUGCCUUUCUAGUGAUUGUUGCACAGUUUGAGUGGUGAACAGAGUUGAUUUUGCAGUGUUGUGUGAAUUAACAAUGAGUGAUUGAGUGAUCAUGCCCAAUACGAACGUGGAGAAUUUAUUUGGCUCCUGGAUGGCGCGCCACGAGGGACGUGCUGGAUCGUCCAGCCCAAAGUACACACCAUUCAAUUCUCGCCACAAUUCGCCAGCAUCGCUGCCCUCGUCGCCAAUCUCCACAUCGCCACUAUCCACAUCACCCCCGACGACGCUCAGGCGGAGCUACUCGAGCACCUUCACGCUCAUUCCCGAGGAUCGGGCCGUGGAUGAGCCCAUCGUGAUCCAGGAGAGAGAGUACCGCACAGACUCUCAUGGGAUAUUCUUCAGACUUUUGCUGUGGUGGCCAAUUUUCCUGCUGAAACUCUUCCAACUGAUCUUCAGGCGAGUGUCGGGCUUCGUGUGGAAUCCCUUUCGCAUUGCCGCUCCUACUUUCUGGAUCUCAGCCGGAUUGUGGAUCUUCUGGAAGUUCGUAGGUUUCCCACUGGCACUUUUCAAGUGGAUAUUGAUCCGCAUACACACACCAUCGGCGGAGAGGAAUCGUCGGAAGAGGACAGUGCUGAUCAGUGGCGGCAGCACAAUUCAGACACUCCAUCUGGCCAGGAAUUUCUACUCUGCCGGAUCACGAGUGGUUGUGUUUGAGUUUGAAGGAUUGUUUGGUCUGGCGCGCUUCUCAACGGCCGUCAGCAAGUUCUACACUGUUCCCUGUCCAACGGCAGACUCCCCACAUGACUACGUGGCGGCCUUGUGCGAGAUUGCUGAGAAGGAGAAGCCCUCUUUCUACAUUCCCACAUCGGCGACCAGUACUGCGCACUACGAUGCUCUGGCCAAGCCCCAUCUGGAGCUCCUGGGUUGUCUCUCCUUCAUUCCUGGCGCCCAGGAGGUGGCCGUUCUGGAUGACAUAAUGGAGCUGAUGGUGAAGUGCAGAUCCAAUGGAAUAGCCCUGCCACCGCACAGGAUUGUGCAGAGCAAGGAAGACCUCUUCCGCCUGUACGACAUCGGAUGGCUUUCGGGCUUCAGAAAUAUCAUAAUCUCUGGCGGGCCGAUGGGCAUAGUGGAGCGCAAUAAGUUCAUUUUGCCUAGCAACCGACGCGACUUGAAGCUCACACAUGAGAUCAGUGAACAGCGUCCCUGGAUGGUGAUUCGUGAUCUGCCAGGAUCGCACUACAUCACAUGCACCACGAUCAAGGAGUCGCGUGUGGUGGCGAAUGUGACUUGUCUGGUCAACUCGGACACCAAGAGUCUCGUGCCGGAGUGCAAUGAGGAGGUGGAGAAAUGGCUGAAGGAUUUCUUCAACAAGAUACGCUUUCAGCGACCCAUCAAUGCUCACGUGAGCUUCAGGCUGGUGAAGUGUGACCUGAGUGGAAAUCUCUUGCCGAUGGGGACGCGCGUUGGAGUCUCUCUGCCCUACAUUUGCUACACUGGCGUGCAUCCGAGAGUGCUGUGGAAGCCUUGUCCGCACUUCUCGCGCCAAAACUCGGGACCACUGGUCCAGGAAGGCGGCCGAUACUGGAUGCACGAGGCUGUCCUCAACACACUGCGUCAUCCCUCGAUGGACGCCGUGGGGAAGUUGAUCGGCACGGUGCUGGACAAGCGAGAGGCGCUCUUUGUGUUCUGGGAUCCACUGCCCUAUUGUGCCUACUACCACUUCCAGCUGCCCUUUAACUCCGUGAAGCAGUUUCUGCAGAAGAGGCAGGCCUCAAGGAGCCCAGCAACGACAAUGACGGCACCAGUUCAUUAACCAUCUCUUGGUUUUUGCCUCACAUCUGUGGAGAUUAGGUCUGUCUCUGGCGCACUUAAUCUCUCUAUGUUUUUCUUCGCAGUUUAGAGAAUUCAUAAAUGUGAUGAACUGAAGUGAUGCUGGUGAUGAAACUGGACUAUGGCCGCACAGCGCAUUGCAAAACAUAUGGCAAUCCCUUGAAAUUUAUCGAUUAGCCUGUGUUGAGAGGCGGAGAAAUGCUUAGGAUUAUGUAAGACUAGGAGUACAAUUAACUCUCAUGACAAUAUUGUGGAGCGUGUGUAAAAAUUGACUUUUUUGCUGGACUCGGUAAUUUCCUUUCCACGCCAAAUUGAUAACUUUCAACAAUACUCCUAUAUUGAACCUUCUCUGUGACCAAGAGAUAAAGACAUAUGCUGUUUUUUUUGGUGUGGUCACUUCACUAGAUAGUGUGUUAAUAUUCAUUAAUUUUUUAAUGAUAAAGUGGACAAUUUACAAAAACAGUUCAAAGUUUAUACCUCUUAAUGAUAUUUUUAUUGAAAAAUACUGUUUUGAUUCACGCAGUAUCGCUAAGAAUUCUUACUUCUGUGGUAGUGAUUGUAGUAUAUGAAUGAAAUUCACUUUUGAGUAUUGGCAGAGAGACAAAAAUAUUACUCUAUCUUAAUGUUAUUUAUUCUGUAUGCAUUUUUUAUUAUUAUUCAUUAGUCUAGAGCUGAUAUCACCUAAUGGACAGUGUGAUAAGAGAUUUUCGUAUCGCACUGCGAUAUUAUUGUGAAGUUUAUGAAUGAGAUAUUCUUAAAGAAGCAGUGAAACUUAUUUAUUUUAGGAUUCGUACAUAUCGAGAAAGUGGCAGUUCUCGUGAAUUACUUAAUGUAAGAGUAGCAAUAAAUGAAAUUUAUGCUCUUUUCCUAAUAAUAUUUUAUGCGAAAUAUGAUAGAAAUUUAGUUAGAUUUCCUAUAGUUAUAAGAUUUAUUCUGUUCGCGUCAAUAUCGUCUACUAUAUACUUCCUGCGAUGCCAUAUAAUCCAUAAAGUCUAUGUACAUGGGAAAACAAAGUCAAUAAAUGGCGAA